AUGAUACCCAAGUUCUUCAUUGAAAAUGGAUUAAGAAAAGUAGUGCCUUAUUAUCAAGUGAAUUCAACAUUUGCAAAAGGACAUUGGCUCGGGAAAAGAGUUAUCGAUCUACUCAGUAGUGAAUUUAGAGUAAGGCCCAAGGAAUAUUAUGAAAAACAAAUCAAUGAUGGUGAUGUUUAUAUUCUUAGAAAUGGUGCAAAAAUAUCAGGACCUUCACUUAUGGAUCUAGUGUUGAAAAAUAAAGAUAAACUGGAGACAAGAAGUCAUAAACAUGAAGCUAACGUGCCAGAUUUCAAUGAAAUAUCUGUUUUACACCAAGAUGAGGGCAUGAUAGUGGUGAAUAAGCCAUCAGGUAUACCAGUCCAUCCUACGGGUCGGUUUUAUUACAAUUCUGUGACAGAAGUAGUAAAAUUACAAGAAAAUAUACCAGACCUAUUCCCAUGUUAUAGAUUAGAUCGGCUAACUUCAGGUGUUUUGGUUCUUUGUAAAAGCUCUGAAAUGGCUGGAAAAUUUCAAAAACGUAUACGAGAAAGCACCAUGGCCAAAGAGUAUCUUGCAAGAGUGAAAGGGAAAUUCCCACAACAAGUUAUUGAAUGUAAUGAACCCGUUGCAAACAUUGUUCCAAAAAAAGGUUUCACUUAUGGAACUGGUGUGAAGAAAGAAGCACUCACUAUUUUUGAAGGAUUGAAAUAUAAUAGUGAAUUGGAUGAAUCAAUUGUUUUAUGUAAACCAGUAACGGGGAGAACUCAUCAAAUAAGGAUACAUCUAAACCUGCUGGGGUUUCCAAUACCAAAUGAUCCAUUGUAUGGUCCUUCUGCAUCCUCCAUAAGACAAAGUAUCACAGCAUCGAAAAACGUCACUGAAGAACAAUUUGAUCAAUUGGUUAAAGAGUUUAAUGCUGAUUACAAAAGUUUAGCAACUAAUCAUUUUUGUGAAGAAUGUGGGUACCAAGUAUUUUCUGAUGAAAAUCCUAAAGAUUUGAUUAUUUAUUUACAUGCUUAUAAAUACUAUGCUAAUGAUGGUGAAUGGAAAUUUGAAGCUCCGCCACCAGAAUGGGCAAAUAUAUAG